AUGGAUUACUGGCGGACCAUCAACCAGACCAUCAACCAGACCAUCAACCAGACCGUCAACCAGACCGUCAACCAGACCGUCAACCAGACCGUCAACCAGACCGUCAACCAGACCGUCAACCAGACCGUCAACCAGACCGUCAACCAGACCAUCAACCAGACCAUCAACCAGAUCCUCAACCAGAUCCUCAACCAGAUCCUCAACCAAAUCCUCAACCUGGUCCUUCACCGGAACUUCAACCUCAAACUCAUCUUCAGGGCUCGAAUUCUAAGUGCGAUGAAGCUUUGA